AUGUCUGACCUCAUUGGGUUGCGAGUCUCGGUCCCAAAUGCAAGCGGACAUGGCUACAUAAGGUAUAUCGGACCCAUACGAAACAAAUCUGGGUUAUUUGCUGGACUUGAACUUCAAGGUCCAUUGGCGACAUCAAGAGGUAAGAAUUCAGGGUCUGUUGAAGGAGUCCAAUAUUUUACAGUCAGCAUCCCCAAGAGCGGUCUCUUUUUACCAUAUGAACGAUUGAGGAGCAGUAAUCCUCAACUCCCUGAUGUGGCGCUGGUUGAAAAUGGGCGCAAAUGUCAAGAAGAAACCGUGGAGUUGACAACACCACUCCGACCAACACCUGUAUCACGCUUCAGUCCCAUGUCGAAACCCCCGUAUCACUCGGUGCAGAGAAGCAGCGCCAAAGUAUACCGCCAGCUGAAUGGUGACGUCACGUCAUCAACGCAACAGGGGUACCAUUCUGACCACCAUCGUCGCGAAUCAAGUUGGAGCAUUGACCAGCAUCGAAGUGAAAUGUCAACUACCCCAUUACGAUCGCCACUCACCCCAUCAAACACGUACCACGAUGCAAAGUUGGAUCUACUAGAUGACCAAUUGUACAAAUCAGAGAAUAACGUCCAUAAUUACGAAGAGCAAAUUGAAGAGUUGAAGAAGUUGAUCAGGGAUAAAGAUCGUAGGUUGGAAAAUUUCAAUAAACAGAGAGAAGAGUGGCAUAGUGCUAUGGACAACUUACUUGCGGUACAACAAGAUGGAAUGACGGUGUUUGAAGAGAGGUUGCAAGAGUUGGAGAGUGUUAAUAAAGACCAAGCUGUUGAAAUAAGUACCUUGACUGAAAAGUUGAAGAUAUCGAAUGAAAGAGUUGAAGAAUUGGAGAAAGAAUGUUCUGAAUUGAGAGCUCAUACCUCAGCAGCUGAAUCAUUUGAGGAAUCUAGUGUGAAGAUUCGCUCGUUGGAAGAAACUUGUAAAGAUUACUCGGACAAGGUUGAACAACUACAGAAUGAAUUGGAAACAGUGAACAAGGAAAUCGCAGCUUUGAAAAACCUUAGUGAUGGUGCAGUAAAUCAUGCUACGGAGGGGAAAAGUCGUGAUGCAUUAGCAACACUGGAUCGAUUGAUCUCAUUAUCAACUGUGGCGUCGGACUUUGGCGCUGCAAGGGCGACACAAUCAGACGAAAUACAGGACUUGCCAAUAUAUAAGCCAUCCACUGCGACUGACCCUAGUGCAGGAAGAUCCGGUUGGUGUGGGUUAUGUGAAAGAGAUGGGCACAGCUCAAUCAACUGUCCUUUCGAGAAUGAAAUUUUUUAA